UCAUUCUUUAUAGUGUACCUUCCAUUUAUCGCCUUUGUCUUUUGCCUCCAUUUCUUCUCCAUCCACUAAUGCUCUUUGCCUUCUUCCUCCCCCAGUGCCUUUUGUUAUUGAAUUUGCAACUCUCUUUCUCUCAUUCUCUCUCUUCUCCAAUUAGGGUUUCCUCUUUGAGGGUUCACCUUCAUAAAUCUCUGAAGCUUUACCUUUCAUUGGCCGAGGCUACGUUAUCUUGGGAAGGAACAAACAAAAUAUAGCUCUUGAAAGAGAGCUCUUCGGGGGAAAGAAAGGGCACUUCAGAAAUCUAGAUCACAAACAGGUAACAAAAAGAUUGAUGGGUUCCUGCACAAUUCUCUCAUUGUGCAGAGAAAAAUGGCAUCAUCCAGCUCUUACAAUUCUCCCUGUGCUGCCUGCAAGUUCUUAAGGAGGAAAUGCAUGCCUGGUUGCAUUUUUGCACCUUACUUCCCACCAGAGGAGCCUCAAAAGUUUGCCAAUGUCCACAAGAUCUUUGGAGCUAGUAACGUGACCAAGCUCCUGAAUGAGCUUCUCCCACACCAGAGAGAGGAUGCGGUGAACUCCCUCGCCUAUGAAGCGGAGGCACGAGUAAGGGACCCAGUUUAUGGGUGUGUAGGCGCUAUUUCCUUCCUCCAGAGACAAGUUCAAAGGCUUCAGAAGGAACUUGAUGCAGCCAAUGCUGAUCUGAUCCGCUAUGCCUGCAAUGAAAUCCCAACCGCAUUGCCUGCACCGCCAGGGACAAGUUCAUUUCAGCACAUUGGUCAUCGUCAAAGGCCUGGUGAUCAGUUUAAUAGAAGAUUGGGCAAUGAAGGAAGCUUCUAUCAAUCUUCUGGUAUGGCUCUUCCUUAUAAUUUUCCUUGGAUUGAUAACCCAUCUGAGGAUAUCAAUGAAGGAGGAGAAGAAGGCAACAUGUGAAUCUAUAGAGAAUUUUCAUGUAGGGUUUCUAGCUGCUCCAGCGUAUGACCUGCUGGCACUCUCUCAUGGUGUGGUAUUAUAAGGUUUCUAGCCAGGUAGCCUCACAGGGCUUCUUAGCUAGAACACUUAUAACUUAAAUUCUACAUGGUAAGUUUAUUUUGGUAAUUAUUAUACAGAUCCAUCCUGCUGAUGAAACCCUUCAAGUUUUAAGUAUUUUUAGCAUGGCAUUUGAGACCUAAAUAAAGCUGUAGAGCUUGAUUAAUUAGCUAGUGUGUGACUGCUGUGGUUAGAGCAAUAACUCUAGGCAUGUGCAUGAGGAGAUCGACUUGCUAAUCCUGUGUCAUUGUUUAUGCUAAGAAUAAAUGAUAUAGCAUUAUUUUAAGUUUUAAAGAGGAUUCUCUUGCCUAAGUCUACAUCUUAUUUAUUCCCUUUUAUACUAUAUUUAUUUAUUCUC